UUGAGGGUCUGGUUUUGUAAUUCCAGGAGACAUUUGGAAGCUAAGCAGAAAGCCAUUGAUGACUUCCUUGGAAAGUAUUCCUUGACAGAUUUGGAGAGGAAAGCACUAGAAGGGAACCCGAAUGGUCAUUUUCAUUACAACUGUUUCAUUUGUUCGUUUAAAUACUUCUUUAAUGGCACAAUUUCUAGCGAUUUCUUUCCGGCACUUGCUCGAGCUCAAAACAUUUAUGUCGACAGUAAGGAAUUGCUUCGUAGCAAUGGGGAACAUUCAGCUGCCGUUGAAAUUAUGGAGGAGAUGUCACAAACUUUGGAAAAAGCCUAUGAAGUUCUAUACAGAAGUGUUCAAAGUAAGUGCUUGACGAAGAUUUUCUGCAUUAGGUUUUCGGAUUCACCUAUGUGUCGAAGACUUUCAGGAGAAUGUCGAACUUUGAGUGCGGAUUAUGUUGAAAUGAAAGCCGUGCUAUAUGCUCUUACAAAAGGCACCUACAGUAAUGGCAAGCCAAUUGAGUUAAUGAGUCAUGAUCCUCUUAGAUACAUCGGAGACAUGCUGGCCUGGAUAUAUGAAUCGAUUGAGAGCGAACGUGAACUGAUCCAGAUGCUGUUUAAGGACUGCAGUCCUCAAGUAACUCGAGAUAAUUCCAUUGGUCUGCUUUCGAAAAUAUCCAGCGCUCUCUGUCGCCCCUUCAAGAUGACUGCACCGGACUACGAUCUGCUUCCUGUGCCUGCUGUGCACCAGAUUCUCAUGCUGUUAAGAGAUGUGCUGGAAACUCACGACGGCGCUAUGGUCGGACGGAAGAAUUCAGAAGAGGAGUUCAAUAAAAUUUUCGGUUGUGUGUUGGACCCUCUGUGCAGAUCAGUUCAAGUUGCCGCUACUCAUCUACAUUCACCACUAGAUGUCGCCGUCUAUACGUUGAAUUGUCUAACAGCAGUUUAUUCGGUGGUUAUCCUCUAUCCAUUUACGGACUCUCGAUUAGAAAUGAUUAAAGCUUUGAUGGAGGGAAAUGAGGAUGUUUUGGUAUCGGAAGAAGCUUCGACCAUUUUAGCAAAUACUGGUUUUAUUACCCUUUAUCAGAAAGCUGCUGCUCAUGAUCGAAACCAGGGACCACUUUCUCUCAUAGCCGGUAUGGACUCUGCCACUGUUAGCCGUAUUUUUGCACAGUUUGAUGUAUUUCUGGCACAGCCAGACAAGUACGAAUUGGAUCAGGUUUCUAAGAUCAGCAGUGCCCGUGCAAGGGAAACCGUCCAACAACGGACGGCCGAUAAUGUAGCGGCAGCCUAUGCAGUAGUUGUACGAAAACUAGAAGACCCAUUUAAUGCUUACGAGGAUAUUGGUUUCAAAUCUGUUGAACAAGUAGGCGUUUUAGAAAUCUAG